UUUCUGCCUCUUUUUUAAUGAUUUUCAUUUCUUUCAACUCUUUCGGUGUUGGAUGUCGUCGUGGUUUCCAUUCGCGAUUAAAUCGUAAGCAUCGAAGUUGGUAAGUUUGGUGGGAUAGGAAGAAAAUUUGGGUGCACUUUGGAUGUUGCUGUAUAUCUUUCCUCGCAGUUUGGCUGUCUAUUGGAUCACUUUCCAUCGCGUGUCUGCUGUUCGAGGGGCUUAUUGACAAAGUCUGUGGAGAGGCGUUGCAACGCGCGUGUCCGUCGGUCCGGAGGAAUUGAUAAUUGUGCUCUCUUCGAAGGCAUAGCAAUUUGAGUUGCACGAUUUCUAGGUUCUGUUGCUCGUCAAUUAAUUCACCGAUUUAACGGGAACCGGAUCAAGCCUUACCUGUCGUCUUGAAUUUGAAAGUUGCAAUCAUGGGAGGCAGUGAUAUUUUCGACCUCGAGAAGCAUUUUGCAUUCUAUGGAGCGUUCCACAGAAACAAAAUUAACAUCCUCGUUCACGUCUGCUUCGUUUGGCCCAUCUUGUUCACCGCCUUCGUUCUGCUCGCUUACACGAAUCCCCUGGUGCCACAGCUGCCUGUCAUGGCUGGUCUGCCUUACCAUGAGUACGUAGUGUUCAAUUGGAGCUUUGUCGCAGCUGCUGCGUACGCGUUGUUUUAUAUUGUCUUGGAGCCUAAGUCAGGGUCGUUGGGAGCCCUGCUGGUGCUGCUGUGUUGCAUGGGAGCGAACGUUGUUGCGCAGCAGAUUCCUUAUGCUUCUGGAUGGAAGAUCGUAGCAAUUUCGCAGGUUCUGUGUUGGUCAUUCCAAUUCAUUGGCCACGGUGUAUAUGAGAAGCGUGCGCCGGCUUUAAUAGACAAUAUUGUACAAGCAUUCCUGAUGGCUCCUUACUUUGUGAUGCUUGAGAUCUUGCACACAAUAUUCCACUUUGAGCCGUACCCAGGUUUCAGCAAAAACGUGCAAAACAAAGUGGGCACUCACAUUGCAGAGUUUCGAGCCAAGAAGGCCAAGGCAAAACAUGUAGAAUGAGUAAGUUCCACAGUCUAGAGAGUGAUGUUGGGUUUACUAGGCCCUGAUAUCAGUUGCAGGCGAAGCAUAUCUAGAAGUCAGGAUUGCACAAUGAGUGCCUUCUCUGUUUUAUCUUCGACAUAAAUUUGAUUAGUAAUGUUUGUGUACUCAACAUCACAAAUUUCAA